AGCCUGAGUAGUAGACCCCAUCAGGCCAUCAUCAAUCAACAAAAAUUAUGAUCAGAUUAUAUAUACCACGCCCUCGGGAUGCAGCAGCAUUGCUCAGAAUGUUAUCUGCACUUAACUAGGACGACGCUGCAAAAACAGUCUCGGCUUUUCCGGUUAGCUUAAAGCUGCAAUUUCAGUCAGUAUACUGACCAAUUUUCUUUUCAUUCUCUCCGGAGCAAGAAAGAAACGGAGAAGAAGAAGAAGAAGGAGGAGUGGAAACUAAUAAACCGCCAUUUUCAUAUACUUUGAGCAAUUGAAGCUGAAUUCAGUCCUAAUUAGUGAAGAUGAAGUUUGGCAAGGAGCAUUUGUCACAAAUGUUACCUGAGUGGAAGGAAGCUUACUUAGACUACAGAUAUCUCAAAACAUUGUUGAAAGACAUACUCAGGUUCAAACACAAACAGGAGAAAGAAGGAACACAGAAGAAAUCAUUGGUUCGAGAUUUGACAUUGUACAGGUCCUUCAGCGGGUUACACAAACGAAAGAGUCAUGAUUUCAUAAAUGGAGGAGAUAUUGAAGAUCAAUUUAUAAUGGUCAAGGAAGUCAAAGGAGCAAACUCGAAUGUCAAAUACGAGACCAAGUUCAUUAUACCCUCUGAAGAUGCAACUGACCAAGAAGUGGUUUUCUUCAAUACACUUGACUAUGAAUUCAGUAAGGUUGAUAAGUUCUACAAGGACAAGGUCGAAGAGGUUAUGAACGAAGUCGCUUUGCUUAACAAACAAAUGGAUGCUCUAAUUGCGCUGCGGAUCAAGGUCGAAAAUCCGAAUCUUGAUAUGUCUGGUGCAGUGAGAGAGCUCGUGGCUGAUGUUGCUAACUUGGCUACUUCAACUGUGUCUAACCCAAGCACCCCAAGAAUGCCAAGAAAAGAGCAAAUGUUUGUAAUACAAGAAACGGCGAUAGCAGACGAAGAAGAUUCUGAGGGCUCCAUUGGAGGUGUGGAUGUUGAUAAAAGUAAUGGUGGCAAUAACAACUUUAAACCAGCUCACCUGGAAAUUCUUGAACAUGUUAAGAUCAACAAUGAACCAGAAACGCCAAAGUCAACUAUAAAAGCCAUGCUUCUCAAGGAUUCCAAAGAUAAGAAGUUGCAAUUUAACAGGAAGCAGUUGAAAAAGGUAGAAGAGCAGCUAAAGCAGGUUUUUAUUGAAUUCCACUGGAAGCUUCGUCAACUAAAACGUUAUAGCUUUAUGAAUCUGUUGGCACUGUCGAAAGUGAUGAAGAAAUAUGACAAGAUAACGUUGAGGGGUGCAUCAAAAUCAUACCUACGGGCAGUGGACAACUCUUACAUUGGCAGCUCUGAUGAGAUUUCUACUAUCUUGGAGAGAGUGGAGGCCACCUUUGUCAAGCACUUCUGUAACUCAAACCGCCGAAAAGGCAUGAAAUCCUUGAGGCCAACAAUGAAAAAAGGAAAGCACAAAACAACAUUCUUAUUAGGAUAUUUUGCUGGCUGUACGACAGCUCUGUUAGUGGCUCUUGUUUUGGUUGUAAAUGUGAGGAAGCUCGUGAUUAAGGAAGGAAGCACUCAGUACAUGGAAAACAUAUUUCCACUUUAUAGUUUAUUUGCAUAUAUCAUCCUGCAUAUGCUCAUGUACGCCGUGAACAUAUACUUUUGGAGAUGUUACCGAGUCAACUAUCCGUUUAUAUUCGGUUUCAAGCAAGGGAGUGAGUUGGGAUACCGAGAAGUUUUUCUUCUCAGUGCUGGUCUGACACUACUUUCACUAGCUGGUGUCCUUGCGAACCUGGACAUGGAGAUGGAUCCAGCCACUCAAAGCUAUCAGACAAUCACCGAGUUAGUUCCUUUGGGAUUAGUUACUCUCGUACUUGCCAUAGCAUUUUGCCCCUUCAACAUUAUAUAUCGUUCUGGUCGUUUUUUCUUUAUCAAAUCAAUAUGGCGCUGUAUUUGUGCUCCUUUCUACAAGGUUACGCUCAUUGACUUUUUCUUGGCAGACCAACUUACUAGCCAGGUCCAGGCCUUCAGGAGUCUUGAGUUCUAUAUUUGCUACUAUGUGUGGGGAGACUUUAGAAAGAGGCAUAACAGUUGCCGCCAGAGUGCCGUCUACAAUUCUUUCUAUUUCAUUGUAGCAGUUCUCCCAUACUGGUCUCGGUUGCUCCAGUGUCUCCGUCGAUGGGUUGAAGAGAAAGAUGUGUCUCAGGUAUACAACGGUCUAAAAUACCUCUUGACAAUAAUUGCAGUCCUAAUGAGGACAGGGUUCGAUUUAGAGAAGGGAACGAGUUGGAGAGCUGUAGCUAUAAUUAGCUCUGCCAUUGCUGCAAUCAUGAGUACUUAUUGGGACAUCGUCAAGGAUUGGGGGCUUCUUCAACGGCAUUCAAAGAACCCUUGGUUGAGAGACAAACUUCUCAUAUCACACACUAGUGUCUACUUCAUAGCGAUGGUGCUUAAUGUUAUUCUAAGACUUGCCUGGCUGCAAUCUGUUGUGAACUUCCAUGUGACAUUCUUGCAUCGAACAGCCUUAACCACCAUAGUAGCAUGUCUAGAGAUUCUCCGUCGAGGGAUGUGGAAUUUCUUCAGGUUGGAGAACGAGCACUUGAACAAUGUCGGGAAGUUUCGUGCAUUCAAGUCAGUCCCUCUCCCUUUUAGUUACUAUGAUGAAGAUAAUAGCAAGGAUGACUAGAAAGUUAACAGAUAAAACGUUACAACGCAUGAAAGCCCAGGAGACAACUGAAUGACACCCCCAGCUUUUCACAUUAUAGGGGACUUAUGUAUCUAUCAUUCAGCAAACCUAGAUCAGUAUCUUUUCCAGUCAUCGAACUGGGGUAUUGAUUACAAGAUAGUACCAAGUUUAUUUAGCUAAUGCAGCUGAAAGACUAGGUAUUAAGGUCAGGGUCUUUGAUACUGGAGCUGGCCCGUUUCAUCAUGUUAUGGAUCAAAUAUUAGCCCGUACACAGAAAGAGAAACUACAUCCAGGAGUUAACUAAUGCGAACGAUUUUUUACCCCACUGGAAAUCGAAAAUCAUUCUUUCAAGACAGAUAUGGAGGUCGAACACUUAUUACAUGGGUAGUUGCAGCUGGGCAGAGAAUUUAUUGCAAUUUUUCUCAAGCUGCAUUAGAUUGGGACAUCAUCUUUCUGGAAUUAGUCCUCUUUGUUAUCUGCAUUUACUAUGCUUAUGCUUAUGCUCUAAUUAAGCUGGUAAAAGUUUGUAAUUUGUAAAUUCUUUCUUGAUAUAUCUUCCCUUCCGCUACUGAAGAAUAGUAAUCGGUCUGAAUUUCUUCGAUACGGUGAACAUUUUGUUGUUUUUCCCUCUUCAGACUCCCUACAAUAGGUUCCAAAGAAUACAAAAUCCAAAGAAUUCCAGUUUAGUGGCAGUGUAGCACUAGCGUCCUGUAUUUUUUUGAAAAUACUUAAAUAUAAACGGAUUAGUCAA